AUGGGAGAAAUGAGCACCACGAAGUCAACUCUGCCAGAUCACCAUCUUUCCGAAGAGAUCUAUGCUGAAGGCACACGUAUCAAUGGGCUCUACGAUGAGGCUAGACAGCUCGAGGACGCAGCCGCUAAGAGAACACGCCUUUUCAACGAGAAACUAUCACGCUUAGAGGAAGAACUACGUCGAACUAUCCUGGAAGCCACUGAGAACUCUAACAUGUAUGAAGUCCGUAUUCGAACCCUUGACGAGGAAGCAGGCAAUCUUAAGGCUUUGCUGAGGACCAGCGAGAGGCAGUCCUCUGACCUGGCAGGAGAAAACGCUAAACUUAAGGAGGAAAUAACAGAGCUCAAGAUGAAAACUGAGAGCUUCGACAGAAAAGCAUCUGAGUAUAGGACCGAGGUUGAAUCCAUGAUAAAACUGUCAGAGCACGACAAGGCUAGAUGCAAAGAUCUCGAAAUGCAAAUCACAGACCUGGAAGACCUCAGAGCUGGGGAGCGCUCCCGCGAUCUGGCCCGGAUCCGCGAACUCGAACGGGGGCUCGAAGCUGCCCAGAGGAAAGCUGAUGAGCUGAAAGAACGACUGAAUGAGCCGCGCUACACCGAAGGGCCGGACUUCGGGGUCCAGGCGGACCUCCCUGAUGUGGAGAUGGUAGGGGAAUGCGAGAGGUUGAAGAGCUUGCUCCGUAGAGUCUCUGAGGGUGGUUACGCUGACGGCUCGCUUGGCGGGGUUCCGUGUAACCGCUCGGGUGUCUGUGAGUUAAGACUGCCAAUUGACUGGAGUAGCCGACCUUAUGCUGUUGAAGUUGAGGUCUCGGUAGACAAGGAUAGAUGGUCAGCAGCAGGCAUGCUGCAGUUAGGAGACGGCUCAGAGAAGGGGUGCUCCCCAACUGACGGCGACGUCCCCUUGGAACUUCUCAUGAUCGUGGACCGCACUGGAGAGGAGGUCGUCGGGCAGUUCCUCAUGAGCCUAUCAGACCGCGGCCUUUUCACUAUCGGUCUCGAACGGAAUAAUCGCGGUUGGGACCUCAGGGUGCGGUUGCGGUAUGGAUCUCGAGUGCCGCAGUUAGAGCGUCUCCUGAAGAAUGCACAGGAGGAAAACUCCAUGCUGUUGGCUGACGUGGCCAAACUCAGAGAUCUAGAGAACGCGUUGGAGAGCGCUCGAGCUGAGCGGAGCCUUCUAGUCGGCGAGAGGGACUCAGCCAGAGAAGAGCUGCGUGCAGCGAAGACAGCGUUAGCGGCGGAGAGGGAUGCCAAAAGACGCCUGGAGGAGGGCGGAGCGGAGCUUGUACCGAAAGAACCUUCCCGCUUUGAAAUUGAUGUGAUGUUCGAUCAGGAGGCCACGACUAAGUCCAGAGUUGAGGAGGAGCGGAGGAGGGGGGACUCCCUACAGAGAGAGGUAGAUAGGCUCAGACAUAGUCAGCAGGAUCCCUAUCGACGGGAAUCCGGUCAGGCUGAGAGGCGCGAUGGUCAAUAUCAAAGUCGCGUAUCGAAGAGCCUCAUGGGUGGUGAAGAGGUGGACGUUUUCAGGAGAUCGGACACUACACAUCCUGAGGGCCACCGAGGUAGAAUGACCGACAACAGACACAACCUGCCAGCCACGGCUCCCGACCUAGCGGCUCUUCUGGCGUCUACCCGGGACAGGGCGACGAGGGCCGAGAUGGAGGUGGCUGAGCUGCAGGCUGUAGUCGAGGGUCGCGGAGUAUCGGGUUUAACGCCGAUGUUGGAUGGAGAGAGGAGGAGGGGAGAUCAGGCCGAGAGAGAGGUCCUCAGGCUUAAGGAGGAGAUACGUAGGAGACAGGAAUAUGGUCGGGAUAGCGAGGCGUUGAUGCGUCGAGCCGAGCGGGCUGAGGAGGAAGUGAGGCGGUUGAGGUGGGAACUUGACAGGUGCCAGCAGGCUGAGGUUAGCGAUAGUGUUUAUACCGAGAACGCCGAGAUGGAGAUUCGGCGGCUACGGGAGGAAUACGCCACUCUGAUGCAUCGAGAGCAGCUCAGUGCUGAGUGGACCGAGGAGGAGAUCAGGCGUCUUAGAGACGAGCUGGAGGCCUUCGAACAGGGACAUAACCCCGACCUUGCCCGAAUCAUUGACCAGGAGAGGGCAAGAGCAGCACGGGCAGAGGCGGAGGUGCGAAGGCUCCGGGAGGAACUCCGGAGGUCUGGAAGUGCUCACGUCAGCGUCGAGCUGAGAGGUGCUCCCGACCAGCCCAGGAGUCCCUCUCCCGAUCUCUUGGAGCUGGAGAAGGAGCGUCGCCGUGCCCAACAGGCGGAGGCCGAGUGUCCCGACAUAGUCCCAGCCCUUGAUGCUGAGCGGAGGCGGGCGGAGCGAGCUGAGAGGGAGGUCCUGCAGCUCAUGGAGGAUCUCCGAGUCGCUCAAACGAUGAGCGCCGACGGGCUGCGUGUGCUGAGAGGGAGGUAUGUCGCCUCCAACGAGAACUCUGUGAACUACGAUGUGUCCCUUCAGAAUCUCGGUCUGAGCUCUGACCAGUCGAGUGACUUCGACAUGGUCCUCCAUCUACAACAACACAUCCAGGUCCUACGUAAUGACCUCGACAGAGCUCUGCGAGACCGUUACGAGACUUCCCGAGCCCCUCUUCCUGCCUAG